AUGACCAACUUGGAGACGUUCUACGACACGCUGGGACUCGUGGGGUCCUUCCUCGUCUCGGCGGCGCUCGUCCCGCAGAUCGUCAAGGUGUACCACUCCAAGAGCGCCAAGGACAUCAGCAAGGCCUUCCAGUCCGUCUUCGUCGUCGGCAUCACGUGCAUCACCAUCUACGGCAUGGGCGAGGGUCUGUGGCCCAUUUGGAUCCCGUCGACGCUCGAGCUGCUCGGCAGCGUCAUCCUGCUGGUCAUGAAGCACUACUACGACUGGUGCGACGCCAAGCGCCACGAAAGCAAGCUCAAGGAGGACUGCGCCGCUGUCGCCGCGGAGGAGGCCAUCAUGCCGCCGAAGAAGAAAGGAGGCGGCCCUUCCAAGAAGUCCGUCGAGAAGGCCAAGGAGAAGAUCCUGGAAGACAAGACCUUCGGCCUCAAGAACAAGAAGAAGAGCAAGAACAUACAGAAGUACAUCCAGGAGGUGACCAAGCAGGUCAAGGGCGCCAACACGCGCGCCGACCGCCUCAAGGAGCAGGAGAACAAGCGGAAGAAGGAUGCCAAGGCGGAGCAGGAGAACCUCAAGAGUCUCUUCGCCGCCGCCAUCACGCAGCCCAAGCUCCCGCCUGGAACGGACCCCAAGUCGGUGCUGUGUGCCUUCUUCAAGGCCGGCGUGUGCUCGAAGGGCAACCGUUGCAAGUUCUCGCACGACUUGAUGGUGGGCAAGAAGGCCGCCAAGAUCGACUUGUACACGGACAACCGUGCCGAGAAAGAAGCAGAUAAAAUGGACACAUGGGACCAGGAGAAGCUGGAGAAGGUGGUCAACGAGAAGCACCACGAGAAGAACACCAAGCAGACGGAAAUUGUGUGCAAGCACUUCUUGGACGCUAUCGAGAAGUCGUUGUACGGCUGGUUCUGGGUCUGUCCAAACGGCGGCGCGUCCUGCAAAUACCGUCACGCUCUCCCCCCUGGCUACGUGUUCAAGUCGAAGAAGGACCGCGAGCUUGAAAAGAGCAAGAAGGUGGUGGAGAUCUCCAUUGAGGAAAUUAUUGAGCAGCAGCGUGCUAAGCUCGGCCCCAACGGAGGUACUCCAGUUACGGAGGAGUCCCUCGCAAAGUGGAAGGCUGAAAAGCAGGCUCGUAAGAAGGCCGAGGAGGCGAAGCGACUAAAGGAGCAAGCUAAGAAGUCUGGCGGUCGCGGCAUCAUGAGUGGUCGUGCGCUGUUCACAUACGACCCGACCUUGUUCCGCGAUGACGCGGAUGCUGAUGACGAGGCCUACUCCGUUCACAGCGAGGACGAGGAUGACGACGACGAAGAGAAGCCUUCUCCGGCCGUUGACGCGGCGGCAGCAGUGAUUGACAAGAGCCUCUACCUGCAAGACGUGGAUGAUCUGGACUCAUUGAAGAUGUGA